AUGAGUGUGCGAGUGGUGGCCCGUAUCCGGCCGCUGCUCAAGAACGAGAUCGAGAAGGAUGCCAUCGUCAGCGCAUCCAGCGAACGCGCCAAUCCCAACACCAAAACCCUUGUGAGCAUACCGAAUCCCAGAAACGAGGCCGAGCUGUACUCCUUCCAGUUCAGCAGCGUCUACGAUCAAGCGGCUACGCAAUCAGACAUAUUUGACAGUGAAGGUGAGAGAUCAAUGGCACGAAAGCACGAUAGGCGGCGCUGAUGUGUUUGCAGUUGCUCCAACAGUGAAACACCUCUUCAAGGGCUACGAUAUCACUUUAUUCGCAUAUGGUGUCACCGGCACUGGGAAGACGCACACCAUGCGAGGAGGAAAGAGCUUGGCAGAUCGAGGCGUCAUUCCUCGUCUUUUGUCCAGCAUCUAUCGGCGAGCGCGCAAAAUCGAGAAAGACACAGCAGGCGAGACACAGGUGGAGGUCGUCAUGAGCUACUACGAGAUCUACAACGACCGCGUGUUUGACCUGUUCGAGCCACCGGAGAAGCGCACCCCCGCCGGCCUACCCAUCCGCGACAACCACAAUGGGAAAGCGACGGUUGUCGGCUUGACAGAACGACCCUGCACGACCUUGAAAGAGUUUGAGCUGUUAUACGACCAGGCCAACAUGAAUCGAUCAACGUCUGCCACGAAGCUGAACGCACAUUCAUCUCGUUCGCAUGCUGUUCUGUGCGUGAAGGUUACGCAAUCGACCGGAGAUCAAGUACGCGUGAGUACGGCUUCGGCCAUUGACCUUGCUGGCUCGGAAGACAACAGGAGAACGGACAAUAACAAGGACCGGCUUGUUGAAAGUGCCAGCAUCAACAAGUCGCUAUUUGUUCUUGCAUCUUGUGUGGAAGCCAUCUCGAAGAAGCAUGUUCGAAUACCCUACAGGGAGUCCAAGAUGACGCGCAUCUUGGCGUUAGGUCAGAACAAUGGCCUCACGGUCAUGAUCUUGAACUUGGCACCCGUCCGAAGCUACCAUCUCGAUACACUCAGCAGUCUGAACUUUGCCAAUCGGACGAAGAAGAUCGAGGUCAACGAGAUCGAAAAUCAACCCUUCUUCCGAGAGCCUCCGGCCGGCAAGAGCAAGCUCGAUCCUCAAGGUCCCACUGCAGCGCCUGCAAUGAAUCGUCAACCGUUGCGACCAAAGCUGUCGACUGUCAACAGCCAAAGUCAGUUGAAAGAAGUUACGACGAACGUACCGAAGCCAGUGAAGCAAUUCUCGGUCUAUUCAGACAGACCAAAAACGACCACGAGACCUUCAAACCUGGCCAACACUACACAAUCACGUGCUACAGCAUUGCCGAUAAAGUCACCUAAGAGGAUAGCAAGUACGGAGGGAUUAGGAAGACCAGCCAAGGCGUCUAAAACGAAUGUGGAGGCUGGGAUGUCCAAAGAUGCUAUCGAGGCUCUGAUUGAGCGUAAGGUCACAGAAGCUCUUGCUGGUCGCGUGGAUUCGACUACGCUUUCCAGCCAAGAUCCAAUCUCGGAUGAGGUUCAAAAGAGGUUGGAUGCAUUGGAGAAGCGUGUCGAAGGCCAGGAGACCGAGAGGGCAGAAGGACUACAGUACCUUCUUAUGGCCAAGCAGCAUCAGGUACGCGGAGAGGACGUUAGUGCCCUGAAGAUGUACCAGCUGGCACUGCCUCACUUUCCAGGCAAUGAGAAGUUGAUUCGAAAAAUGUCCGCGUUGCAGGACAAAAUCGAAACGAAGAAGCAGGAGAAGCGUAACUCGGCAGCUGCUGCUCGCGACUCCGUGCAAGAGCCGAAUCACAAGCCUGUUGGUCGGCGGAGAGCCAAUUUCGACGAAGAUGAGAGCUACCACGAGCUCCAAAAUGAACAGGACGAAGAAGAGGAUGACUUUAUAUAUCGACCUCGCACCAAGUUUCGCAGGCCACAGCUUCCCCAGCCGAGCGCGAAGCACUCGCCGCCGAUGGACGAGGAUUCUGAAGAUGAGCUCGGCGCAGCUCUUGUUGCGCAGACGCCGAGGACGAAGCAGCUGUUGGAUAUCAUAAACACCAAAGACGUCAGUCAAAUCAAGCUAUUGAAGGGCGUCGGUGCAAAGAAAGCCGAAGCUAUCGUAAACUGUCUCUGUGAUUUGGACGAUAGUGUUACCACUCUCGGGCAAUUGGGAAAGCUAAAGGGCGUUGGAAUCAAGACGGUGGAGAACAUGAGGACGGGUCUGUUGCAUGCUUAA